GAACGAUGAUCACACUCUUUGUCGCUCUUUACUCUCUGCUUUGUCUUUGCACAGCUGUAAAAACUUCUGACAUCAAGGAGCUUCACGUGAAAACAGUAAAGCGUGGAGAAGAUGUAACUAUGGAGUGUAACAUUAGCAUGGAGAAAGACAAAAAUAAUUUAGUUUGGUACAGACAGAGUUUUGGAAAAUUACCUCAGUUUUUAGCAAAACCAUACAGUAACACUUUGGGCUACACAUUUGAUGAGGGAUUCAAAGAUAGCCGCUUCAGUAUUACUGUAAAUGACCAUAAGUUUGAUCUCCACAUUAUCAAAACGAUAGAAGAUGAUGGAGGAGAAUAUUUCUGUGGAGAAUUGGAGGGAAAUAUACUAAAGUUCACAUCUGGAACACAUCUGCAAUUUGAAGGUGAAGAGAUGAAACACUGUCGUACACCUGGAACGGUUAACAAGAACACAGAUUCUGUUACACUCCAGGGUUCAGACUGCAACAAUGGAAAAGGAAAUGAAUAUUGGAUUAUUGCCUUAACAACCUCCAUAAUAAUAUCUCUUAUUAUAAUUGCGGUUCUGAUUGGAGUUUUAUUUAAAAAUCAAAGAAAAGGUGCUUCAUCAAGAAACCAUCAAAUUCCCACUAAUCAGGCUGAUGAUCAAGAUGUCUUGAACUAUGCAGCUGUGACUUUUGCUAAGAAACCUUCAUCCUCCAGAACCUCCAGAGACAAGAGCUAUGAAGACGUUUAUGCACAAGUUAAAAUAAAAUAGAUAAAGAGAAAUUAAUUCAGACUUGAAAAACUAUAUAAAUGUAAUUAUUUAACAAGUUUGUAGACAAACGUGUCAUAUUUUAAUCAGACAAAAACAUUUUUAUUGCUGUAAGUUUUAGCACCAUUUCCAAACUUUUUAAUGUGCUGAUUAGCCUUACGUGAUGGAUGUAGUUUUUUAAAAUUAAUUAAUUUUAUUUUAUAUCACUUUUAUUUUACUGUUAUCUGUUUUUUUUUUCUUUCUGAAAGCCUUACAUUUCCAAUGUUUUCUCAGCAUUUUCUCUUAAAGUUUCUAGAUUUCUGGAAUGUAAAAAAUAAUAUUUUUUUCAGAUUCUGAAACUCUCAAGAGUUUCAUCAUCUCCUAAGUAACACAGUAGCCACUCGUUUUUAUAUGUAGUUCUCCUACAUUUUAAGCCAUUUAAUAUUUAUGGAAAUAUACAUAACUUAAAAUGCAUAAACAUGCAUUGUAGUUACUGAUUUACUGACUACAGUUGGGAAAAAUGAAAGUGUUUGUCUGGGUUUUGCUUCUUCUGAACCCUGGUCUGGACUGCAUUGUGUGUGGAAGCUAUCAGCACAGCACUGCAUGCCGGGUAAUGUGAUUGGUUCAACUUGUCACCUGUUUCAAGUUUAGUGAUGAUGGGAAAACGGUCAGACUCUCAUAAGACUGGAGCACUGUAAUUAUCUUACUCUUGUGGUGCAAGUGUUUUUACAGAGAACACAAACAAGAAAACAACUUCUCUUUUCCAGGUUUUCCUGCACAAUGCCAUGCCAUGUUUGUAAACAGUGCUGUUCUUUGUUGCAUGUCUGUUGGUACCAAAGGAAUAUAAUA